AUGAACUUUGUGAACCUCAGCACGGCCUCUCCCGAUUGGCUACGAGCCGUGAACCAGCUGCCCUCCCUGCAACAACUCUAUCUGUCAGGCUGUGGUCUCACUGCCCUCCCCGACUCUCUUUCCCGCGUCAACCUCACGGCUCUCACCACCCUCGAUCUCCGUGGCAACUUCUUCAACUCCACCUUUCCCAGCUGGCUUUUUGAACUCCGUAGCCUCUCCUAUCUCGCGAUCAGCAAUUCUGAAUUGUAUGGCACCGUACCUGCCGGUUUUGGGAACUUGACUCGUCUCGCGCAGCUCGACCUCAGCGGCAACUCGCUUUCCGGUUCCAUACCUGUCGAUCUCUGGAGUUUGGCCAGUCUAACCACACUUGAUCUCAGCCAUAAUUCAUUUACGAGUCCCCUUCUACCUCAAAUCGGGAACACGACAAGUCUGUCGCAGCUAAACCUCGUUCAGUGCUUCCUCGUUGGUUCCAUCCCUGCCGAGAUUGGGCGCUUGACCAGUCUUACGGAAUUACGCCUCAGCGGCAAUUCACUUUCGGGUCGAAUCCCCGCCGAGAUUGGGAAUCUGUCCAGCGUAACGCAGCUCGACUUGGGUCAUAAUUCACUCUCCGGACUGAUACCGGUUGAGAUCGGCAAGCUUUCCGACCUAUCCUCCCUUGAUCUCUCCGAUAACUCCCUGGAGGGCACCAUGUCCGAACUCCAUUUCGUGAACCUAACCGAGUUGGUCGUCCUGUACGCGUACGCCAAUCCUUUGACCAUCCGAUUCGACCACGACUGGGUGCCUCCUUUUCAACUUCAAUCCAUCAAAGUUGAUACCUGUGACUUGGGUCCCGCGUUUCCAAGGUGGCUCCGUUCUCAGGAGUUCCUGACUGAUAUUGAUCUGUCCAACACAAGCAUCGAAGAUACACUGCCUGAUUGGUUUUGGAAUUCUUCUUCUUCCACCAUUAUGGACAUAAAUCUGUCCCACAAUAAGAUCGGUGGAGUUUUGCCGGCAUCCUUGGAGAGUAUGGCCACCUUGAUGCUCUUGAAUUUGAGCUCCAAUCUCUUUCGAGGUCGCAUUCCUGUUUUGCCACCAAACCUACAAGCGCUGGACUUGUCCAGCAAUUCUUUGUCGGGAUCGCUACCCUCGACCAUCUCAUCACAGUUGGGCUACCUGUUCCUCUCCCACAACUAUCUUCAUGGAAGCAUACCGUCGUCCUACGUCUGCGACCUGCAGCAACUAUAUGCCCUUGAUCUAUCCAACAAUCAAAUAUCAGGAGAAAUCCCGCGUUGUCGGCCGGAGGGAUCACAACUUUUGUUUGUCAAUCUGGCGAACAACAAGCUACGAGGAAAGUUUCCUGACUCCAUCGGAAACUUGGGCAACCUUCAGAUGCAGACCCAGUGGCUGUUCGCAUGCGAGGUGUGA